UCGAUUGGUUAGUGCUGUGAACAACAAUAACUCCUAGAUCGACGACGAAAAAUGGCUUUCAAGUUCCUGACCUUCUGCGCCCUGGUGGCCGUUGCCCGCGCUGGAGUUAUCUCCGCCCCGCUGUCCUACGCUGCUCCAGCUCAUGUGGCUUAUGCUGCCCCAGCUCAUGUAGCCUAUGCUGCCCCGGUUGCCAAAACACUGAUCGCUGCUCCCGUUGCUAAGACUGUCGUUGCCGCCGAUGAGUACGACCCGAAUCCACAGUACUCGUUCUCGUACGGAAUCUCCGACGCUUUGACCGGCGAUCAGAAGAGCCAGCAGGAAUCCCGCAAAGGCGAUGUCGUCCAGGGAUCGUACUCGGUCGUUGAUCCAGAUGGUACCAAGCGUACGGUUGAUUACACUGCCGACCCACACAACGGAUUCAACGCCGUCGUCCACCGUGAGCCACUGGGCGUGAAAGCCAUCGCCGCUCCGGUUACCAAGGUUGUUGCUGCUGCCCCGGUUGCCUAUGCCGCUGCUCCGGCCCUGACCAAGACCAUCAGCUAUGCCGCUCCGGUUGCUGCUGCCCCGGCUUACGCCUAUCAUCACUAAACAACACCACGCACCCCAAAAGCCAAUCAAGACUGUCACGGUAUGGAGGACGACACGGCACACAACUCCCAUAUCUGGAAUGUAUCAUUUCUGUUUCUUUCGUUAUUGAGUAAUCUUUUUGUAGGCAAGGCGAGUUCAGCCCCGUUCUUGCCGAACUGUAAAAAAAUUUGAACGCUGAACUUAUUAUUUAUUAUUUAUAAAUACACGAGUACCGUCAA